AUGGGAAGCGGAGAAGAAGUAUCGCAAGAAAGAACUGAAAAUUCUAUUCAAGUUUCAAUGACAAAGAAGCCAACAUUUUAUGCAAGAAUUGGAAAGAGAAUGUUUACAGGAAAUGAAGAAAAAAAUCCUUUUGAUGAAGUUAUUAUAACUGGUUUAGGCAGUGCAACUAAAAUUGCUAUCGGUGCUGCUUCAAUCAUGGAAAAAGAAGAUAUAGGUCAAAUUACAAAAGUUCAAACAGCAUAUUUUAGCUCUGACAGAAUAAAUAGAAGAAUACCAAAAAUUACGAUCGUUUUAAAAAGGCAUCCAGAUUUUGUUGCAAAUUGA